AUGGUGCUGGUGCUGCUGGUGGCCAUCCCGCUGCUGGUGCACAGCUCCAAGGCGGCCGCCCACUACGAGAUGCUGGGCAGCUGCCGCAUGGUUUGCGACCCCUACCCCGAGCUGCCUCCCGCCUCCCCCCCUCCCUUCCUACCGGGGGCAAAGGGAGAACCGGGGCGCAAAGGGCGUGCCGGCGUUCGGGGCCCCCCCGGACCACCGGGACCGCGGGGACCGCCGGGUGAACCGGGUCGACCGGGACCACCGGGACCUCCAGGGCCGGGUCCUGGGGGGUACAUCCCCUCCUUCUACAGCCCCAAGAUUGCGUUCUAUGCGGGCCUGCGGAAGCCCCACGAGGGCUACGAGGUGCUGCGCUUCGACGACGUGGUGACCAACGUGGGCAACUACUACGAACCAUCGAGUGGCAAAUUCACCUGCCCGCUCCCCGGCAUCUACUUCUUCACCUACCACGUCCUCAUGCGCGGCGGCGAUGGCACCAGCAUGUGGGCUGACCUCAUGAAGAACGGGCAGGUUCGGGCCAGCGCCAUCGCUCAGGAUGCGGAUCAGAACUACGACUACGCCAGCAACAGCGUCAUCCUGCACCUGGACGUGGGUGAUGAGGUGUGUGUCAAGCUGGAUGGUGGCAAAGUGCACGGCGGUAACACCAACAAGUACAGCACCUUCUCAGGCUUCAUCAUCUACCCUGACUGAGCACUGGGGCGGGAGGGGGGCACCUCCAAGGCACCACCGUCGUCCCCUCUGCCUCCCUUCCCUAAGGUGAUGAUGCCCAUAGGGAAAACCAUUCUGCACCUCUGCCCUGCAGGCACUGAUACCUCGCAGCUCCUUUGCACACGCACAGCAGCCUCCCCGUGCACCCCCUCCCCAUCACACACACGUGUGUGCAUGCUCACCGCCGUCCCCAUGCGCCUCCUCCACGUUGCACACGCGUGUGCGCUCACCACACCUCCCCCAUAUACCCACUCACAAGUGUAAAUGCUCCCUGCCCACCCCUGCAUGUCAACACCCCAUGGGCAUUGGGGUCUCCCAUUGCUGUGCUGUCCCCCUGGAGCCCCCCCCAUCCCUGAACCCCGCAGUUUGUUGCACUCUGUGUUCACCCCAAAUAAAAUAUA